AUGCGAAUCGAACUAUCGAAGAAGCGAGGACCCCUGCUGAACGAACAGGCGAUAACGCCAGUCGAAGAAUCGAAGAAGAGAGGACGCCUGUCGAACAAAAGCAUACAGUUUCGACUCCACAGUGGAAGCAAGAAUGUGAAGCAGGCCACGUCGAAUGACGCGGUGAAGCCACUUAGUGCAACUACCCUGGAAGAUAUUAAGGUCUCCAAAGAAACGUCCAGCAACGCGCUAUUCGACGAAUGCCUAGAAGAAAUCUACAGGAAGAAAAAGCAGGUGGACAAAAACAGCGUGGAGUAUGAUGUGUCUCCAGUGAUAGAAGAGCUAAGCAGAGAAGAAAUAAAAUUGACUAGAGAUAUAUUUAAAAGAAUUGAUGAAAAAAAAAAAAACAUAUCCCAUUUGAAUUAUAAGGAUAUAUAUAUAGAUCCUUAUUGGAAUCCUUUCAAAGAAGUAACCGACAUGAGGAGGGAAAUCGUUUUUGAAUUUAGUGAGUAUACCAAAGUGGCUACCAUGGUGGAGGUGAAAAAGCAAAGGCGCUCUAUUAAGCGGUCCCUUAAGGAGCAGUACAGAUUGUAUAACCCCUACUCAGGGGAAUAUAGUGCCCACAUCGGAUUGGAUAAGGAUUCCAAUUCGGGGGAAUCAAUUGUCUGUAAUGACAAAAGUGAAAAGUAUUGGAACCCAGGGGUUGAUAGAAAGAAAUUACUUAAUUUGAGGUGCCCCUUUAUAUGGAGACACACUCAUUUGUUACACCACUUCAUUGGAGAAAAUGGUCUCAUUUUACCACGUAAAAUAAAUUUCACCACGAGGAAGCAGCAAAUUCAAAUUUUUAAAGCCAUUUGUGUAGCCCGUAGGAUGGCUCUCUACCCCUACGAUAGGAAACCUGAGAAGGACGACCUCAUCCCCCUCAUGGAUCCCCUGCAGAUGCUGGCCGAUGAGUUGAUUCAUCGGUAUGUAGAGAAGAACGACUUGCGAGCUCAGGCUAUGCUAAAGGUUAUGAUUAAUAAGUACCCCUCUUUAAACUAUUACAAGUAUUUCUGCCACGAGUCGGGGGAAACCAAGUCAGGGGAAGCACAACCAGGAGAAGCGCAACAUGGGGAAGGGCAACAUAGGGAGGAACCUCCUGGAGACCCCCACAUUUCGAAGAUGCUGCGCAAGUAUAAGGAGAACUACUAUGAGGGGGCAAUGCCUCCACAAGGGCAAACGAAACAGUAA